AAAACGCCAACACCACCACUAACAUCAUAAACGAAAAUGGCGGUGCAAGAGACAGCAUCACAACUAUCCAUGGCUCUCAAGGUUCAAGAAUAUCCCACCCUAAAGGUACCUUACGAGACACUGAACAAGCGCUUCAGAGCUGCCCAGAAGAAUAUUGACCGAGAGACUAGUCACGUAACAAUGGUGGUGGCAGAGUUGGAGAAGACCCUGAGCAGCUUCCCAGUAGUAGACUCAGUGGUGUCCUUACUAGACGGGGUUGUGGAGAAACUCAGUGCUCUCAAGCGAAAGGCAGCAGAGUCUAUACAGGCAGAAGAUGAGAGUGCCAAGUUGUGCAAGCGGCGCAUUGAGCACCUAAAGGAGCACAGCAGUGACCAGCCUGCGGGCACCAACGUGUGGAAGAAGAAACGCAUGGACCGCAUGAUGGUGGAGCACCUGCUUCGCUGCGGGUACUACAACACAGCGGUAAAACUGGCACGACAGAGUGGUAUAGAGGACUUGGUGAACAUCGAGAUGUUUUUGACAGCGAAGGAAGUGGAGGAGUCGCUGGAGAGACAAGAAACCGCCACAUGUUUGGCCUGGUGCCAUGACAACAAGUCACGCCUUCGCAAAAUGAAGAGUUGUCUGGAGUUUAGUCUGAGGAUCCAGGAGUUCAUCGAGCUAAUACGACAGAACAAACGGAUGGAUGCUGUCAGACAUGCACGGAAACACUUCAGCCAAGCUGAGGGAGGGCAGCUAGACGAGGUACGACAGGUGAUGGGGAUGCUCGCCUUCCCCUCCGACACUCACAUCUCCCCCUAUAAGGACCUGCUGGACCCAGCACGAUGGAAGAUGCUGAUCCAGCAGUUUAGAUACGACAACUACCGUCUCCAUCAACUGGGGAACAACUCUGUGUUCACUAUCACCCUCCAGGCAGGCCUGUCUGCUAUCAAGACGCCUCAGUGCUACAAGGAGGACGGGACCUCGAAGAACCCAGACUGUCCAGUCUGUAGCAAGUCUCUGAACAAGCUGGCUCAGCCCCUUCCCAUGGCUCACUGUGCCAACUCUCGGCUGGUGUGUAAAAUCUCCGGAGAGGUGAUGAACGAGAACAACCCUCCCAUGAUGUUGCCCAAUGGAUACGUCUACGGAUACAAUUCCCUCCUGUCCAUCCGUCAAGAUGACAAGGUAGUCUGCCCACGGACGAAAGAGGUAUUCAACUUCUCCCAGGCCGAGAAAGUCUACAUUAUGUGAUCAGACGGGUCAACUAAGGAACAACGUGAUUGGAUACUCUUCUACCGUAACCUGUGACCUUGUCUAAUCAGUGCAAGGCGGGAAGCCUACAUAUAUGGCCUGCCUGCCCGCCCUGAUGCAACUGAGCUAAACUCCAGCUCAUCCGACUGAUGAAUAUCCUGUCUACAACCACAACCCCCAUCAACUGACGAAAACAUACUGGUCAGAGAUGGCUCAGACACGGAACACUGUGGGAGUGAACAAGAGAUUAUUAGUUAACAGACUUGUGUUUUUAAAGUGAGACAUUUUGAGUUUGAUUGAACCUAGUAGGCCCUCGAGUAGCGUGCUGUCAAUAUAAACUUGGCAGACUGAGUUAUAGGCGGGGUCCAGUGAACUGCAUAGUGGCCUCUCGUUUUGUGAUGCACAUUCUUGUUAACAUUGUUUGUAGCCAUGUUUAGGGGCAUGGGCGUUGAUUUGAGGACUUAGGAAAUUGGCUCCUUUUUAGAAAAAUACUGGAUACAGAUUUGACCAUCAUGGUGUACAGAUUUGGGUUUGUCAAUUGUUUAUAUUUGGGCAAUGUUUCUCUUGUCUUCUCAGUAACUGAAGGGACUAAACUGGAGAAUGACCAAAACAAACUAAUAAGAACUACAGUGUCUAACCUACACCAACCUAUCAUAGUUUUAGAACACCAGAAGAUCCCCUUGACAAAAGGUGGAUGUUUUUUCAGAUACGUUUUCAAUAGAAUAGCUAAAUUAUCUGUUUUCUAUUGCCAAGUGGUCUUCCUACAUUGUGUGUGGUUUGGCAAUUCCUUAUUUUCCAACCAACUUAGACAUGUGAACUAGUCACUGUACUUUUGAUAUUUGUUCAUUUGAAAUGAAAGUGAUGAGUUUCAUCCACAUCACUUAAUGUUUGCCAUUUAACUUCAUAUAUAUUUUACAAUGAUAAACCCUGUGCAUUACAAUAAAGAAAAUAUGUUGUGAA